CAUUUCUUCAUCUGGGCGUUUGAGCCUCUUUGACGUGAAAAGGGUUAAGCAUCACUACUGACAUGAAAACUGCUUCUCCUCUCGCCAACAAUUUCCUUUUCAACAGGGUCGAUAGCGCAACCGUCGUCUUCGCCAACUCUUGCCCAGGUUCCACCAGUGCGUCUAGCCUCCCGCCGUCGUCUCCCCCGUCACUAAACCCACCAAGCCAACCAUCCCAUGAUUGCCGCGUCAUUGCUGGUUCUGGUCCUUUCCGCCGCCUUGAUCCCUCUCAUUCCCAACGUGAGGCCCUGGAUAGCGAAAAACAUCCUCCAUAGAGCCUCCACUUCGACAUCCUCCCCACCACCACCCUCGAUACAUUCAUCAACAGGCAUGUCUUCGGCCGCCUUAGCUUCCCCGCCCGAUAGCCCCACCGAUGCCACUUCGUCCACCUCAGUUCCCCCGCUGGCAGACCUCUCUUCAGUGUCGUUGCUUUCCGAAGACCUUCAAUUGACAUACCUCGCGGAAGGCGCCGCAAACAUUAUCUAUCGCCUCUCCGCCCCGCCAGGGGCUCCUCCAGCCGAUGAAUAUGUCAACAGAUUGUUGCGACUCCGCAAAGCGCUCCCUUCUGCCCAGCCCAAUUUGUUAGCUUACUCUCACCUCCUUCACACUUUUCACCCCCUCUUCCCUUCUCAUCUUUUGGUUCCGACGACACUUAUCAGGGUCCCGAAAUCAGUCAUACUUCGGGAAAACGUCAACCUUGUUCAACUGGAGAAUGCUGGAAAGCGCCCCGCCAAGAGACGUGGUUUAUAUCUUGAAGAGGAAACGGAGGAUUAUGGCUUCGUAAUCCUGGAUAUGAGCCCACGUCCCGUCGAAGAUCUCCCGCCGACGCCUCCGGACACCGACGAUACCACUACGCCACCGAUAGCUGGUGUCACUGCCGAGGGGUUCCAAAGGAAGGAUUUCUCGACCCGUCAGAUUCUUGUCGAGUUCAAACCAAAAUGGGUGGUUCAGUCUCCUUCCGCUCCCGCCAACUGGAGGCGAUGCAGAACCUGUGCGUUACUUCUCCAGAAGAAUGGUGGAAAGCCGAGCUUCUGCCCGCUUGAUUUGUCCUCUCGAGAAGAGUCACGUGUUAGGGAUACCCUGCAGCACAUUCUGCCAUCUAUCCCGCCGAAGAAUUUGCAGCUCCGUCUUGGAGAAACUUGGGAGGAUGCCAAGAAAGUGAUUGAAGACCGCACUGUAGACUUCCUUGUUAGCAGUGAGUUGAUGCCCCUGCUGAAGCGCUUGCAACUCGAGAUGGACCCCUUGGGCCCCAUCAAGGCUGCUCGGGAAGGUAGUCAAUACUGCCAGGAGAGAUUUAUCACCGCCAUGACCGUCCGCGACCUCACCAUCUUUCUUCGCAUCGACUUGGAUGGUAGUGUUGAAGCACGCAUCGGAGACUUAGAUCUCAAGACUGGUGAAGCCGGAAAAUGGGAUUACUGGAGCAAGGUGGAGCAGACCCUAAUCACCGAUGGUUACUACACGGGAACCGAAGAGGGGGCGUCUGAGAAGGGCGUCUGGUGCAAACCGUAAUUCGUAAUGUCUACACACGCGCGCGCGCGGAGAUUGUCUCCCAACUCAGCAGUAUAAAUUCAUUAUUUGCUCCUGGCUACGGAGAUUUAUGGAAGCGGUUUAACGAAGGUCAUGUUAUUUAGUGUAUUAAAUUUUUAGUGUUUUUGUGCUCCGCGG